AUGGCAUAUUGUUAUGCUUCCGGUGAAAGAGUUGGUAGACCAGGUUCAAGAAAUAUGCUUCUUGUAGAUGAGUUGUUUAUGUUUUGUGUGCAACUCAAGCUUGGUUUAUUUGAGCAGGACUUAGCAAAUAGGUUUCAGAUACACAGAUCACCAGUUUGCAGAAAAGUGAUCACAGAGACUAACUUUUUUCUUGGGAGUCAAGUGAUCUGGCCAUCAAGGGAAGAUGUCAAUAGCUAUAUGCCAGAAGGUUUCAAAAGGUUUUAUGCAAGCAUGCGUGUUAUAUUAGAUUGUACUGAGAUUUUUGUGCAAACACCUACCUCACUGCUACUUCAGUCACAGCUUCAUUCUACUUAUAAAAGUAAUACUACACUAAAAGGCUUAAUAGGUAGUACCCCUUAUGGAACUAUUAGUUUUGUUUCUAGCCUCUACACUGGAGGGAUAAGUGAUAAGGGAAUCACAAGGUGCAGUGGAAUUCUAGAUUUGUUAGAGCCUGGGGACUCGGUCAUGGCCGAAAAAGGGUUUGACAUUGAAGAUUUGCUGAGGGAGAAGGGAGUGGAGCUAAAUAUCCCUCAGUUUCUAGAAAGUCUGGAACAAAUCUCUGCCCAAGAUGUUCAGAAAACAAAGACAAUAGCAUGUUUGAGAAUACAUGUUGAAAGAGCAAUGAGGAGGGUCAAAGGAUACCACUUUUUUGGUUCUGAUGUGCAAUUGACUACAUUGGGUUCAGUCAAUCAGUCAUGGACUAUAGCCUGCCUUCUUACAAAUUUCCAGAGCCCGCUAAUCUUAUCUAAUAGUAACAAUGAGCCAUAG